UGCGACAGUGCUGGGAAAGGCAGGGAGCGCGGCGUGGUUUCCGGCAGUUGGGGGAAGGGGUUUCCUGGGGAGCGCGGAUCCCCCUCUGGGCUGCAGGGAUCGGGGAGUCUGGGCGCGUUGCGCCCCUGGCGGGAGCUGGGUCUCCCGCUCACACCCCUGCGGGGCUGCACCAGGGGAGGGGACCCCUUGCCCUGAAGACGGGGGGGGGGCACCUGGGACCCCCACCUUGCUGAAGGGAGAUUGCACCUCCCCCUUCUCAGGCGGAGAGUCAGUGCCCUGGGCGGGGGUGGGGUUAUAGCACCCCCCCCCACAAAGACGGGGGCCAGGACUGGUGAUUAUAACCCCCCCCCCGUAGCUUUUCUAUACCCAGGGGCAGGGCUGGGCACGAGGGCCCAGAGGGGCAUUGGGGGUGGGGGAGUCUCCCACCCCCGCUGUUAAAGACAUUUCCUGGGGGAUUCCAGGCUGACCUGGGCGAGUGGGGGUGCAGGGUUAGGGUCACUGUAGGAGAGGGAGUGGCGUCAGGGUUUAAGGGUGGGGAUUACAGUUGGGGGCAGUGUAAAUAGAGCGGGUGGAGCAGGAGGGGCUGUAUAGGGAGAGAUGACUGGGGUCAGGGUGUCGGGUCUAUCGGUGAGGGAGAGAGUGUGGGAGGUGGUUGUGGUCAGGACUUAGGAUCAGUGUAGGAAGGGCAGUGGGCCGGGUGGCAGUGUCUCUGCAAUCAGCACCAUGGAGCUCAGCAGCCUGCUGAAAUCCCUGCAGUUGGAGAGCCCACCAGAAAGGGGAGACCCCGAAUGCCCAGCUGCCACUGCCCCCCCAGCAGAGCAAGUUCUCUCCCAAAUCUUGUUGCUUUUCUCAGCGGAGGGAGUCAGUGGCAGUGCCAAGGCAGGGAUGGUCAGAGACCUGCGUGUGCUCUUUGAGGCUGCAGACUGCCAGUGGCUGUUUGGGGGUUGCCACCCCAAUGUCACCCCCAAGUUGCUGGGGGACUUGGUGUCUGUGCUGUGCCACUAUGCAGCAUUGCCAAAGCAGGAUUCAGACACCGGGGGCCCACCCAGUAAUGAUGACUUUUACACCACAGUGGCCGAUAGAACAGCAGACGUUGGCUUGGUGUUUCUUAGCCUCCUUGCUAAAGUGGAAGCUACCAAGGGAUCCAGGUCCCUGGGUAACGUGGUGGUGAGGCAGGUCCUGCCACAUUGCCUAGGACUGAUCUACAUCUUUGCUGCAACACACCAUGCAGAGAAGCCGUGGACCAGCUCGAGGUCUCAGUCAAUAGCACAGGAACUGCUGACCUUGCUGGUUCAGGUUGCAGGCUGUAGGUCAGUGGCUGAAUUCCUCCAGGGAGGAAGCAAAGAUGAAGAAGGGAGGUUUGCUGCUGUGAUGGGACUCCUGAAGCCAGAGCUGACUAAAGAAACUUGGAAGUGCAACCCUGCCACAAAGCAUGUGUUCUCCUGGACGCUGCGUCAAGUCACCCGGCCAUGGCUUAGCCCUCACCUGGAGAGUGUCCUCCCACCAUCACUGCUCCUCUCAGAUGACUACCAGGAAGAGAAUAAAAUCCUGGGUGUGUGCUGCCUGCAUCAUAUCAUUCUCAAUGUGCCAGCUGCUGACUUGAACCAGUUUAACAGGGCACAGGUUGUCUACCAUGCACUGUACCAUCACCUCUACGUACGGGAGGCACAGCUCAUUCAGGUGGUGCUGCUCUGCUUGCUGGACCUGCUGCUGGUUCUGGAGAAAUCCCCACAGCGGCUGUCCCAGGAACCCAGAGCAGCAACUCCCUGUCAUGAGGUCCUGCAGCUAGUUCUGACUCACAUGGAAGCAGAACACCGGCUCCCACUCCGGAGAGUGUAUGCCAGGAACCUCCCUGCCUUUGUGAAGAGACUUGGCAUCCUGGUAGUACAGCACCUGAAGAGGCUGGAGCGGGUGAUUGUGGGAUACUUGGAAGUCUGUGAUGGUCCAGAUGAAGCAGCCAGAUUGGGAAUAUUAGAGACACUGAAGUGUACCAUACAGCAUGCCUGGCCAAGAAUGACAUGCAGGCUCGCUGUGCUCCUUAAGGCCCUGCUGAAGAUGAUUUGGGGUGUAUCUACUGAUGGAGGCCUGACACCACAGCCAGUGAAAACAGCCCUGCUGCAUGGGGCCACAGAGUGCCUGAUCCUGCUGGAUCACUGCUCUCAGGGGCAAGUGAAGAUCCUGCUUGAACGAAUCUACCACAGCUGUGACGACUGUAGCCUUCGGUCCUGCAUCCGACAGGUGCAAGAGAACACCUGAGACACAGCUACUAGUAGCCUGAACCUGCUUUUGUUUUUUUAUUACAUUAAAAUAUUUAAAUUUGUGAUUCUGCACCUGUCAAAAUGCCCCCUGCUAAAGUCACACUGUCAGGUACUCCUCCAGCUAUACAGUCCCACUGUCCACCACACAGCUCAAGUUUAUACCCUCCUUCGAAGGAGUCAGGUUGCUUUCUGUUUGGAUGUAGGUUCUGUUUCCUGUUCAUACUCUAUUUCAAUGUAGGCUCGUUUUAUCCUCCCUGGUCCUUUCACAGGAGUUUUGCCCUUGGAUUUGGAGUGACAGGUUCUCUCUGCCA